AUGCCCGUCCUCACUGUUGCGCUCAUCGACUUCGACAAUGGCGAGGUUGGACCCUUCCUGCAGCAGAUGGGCGCCGCCGCUCGGGCAGCCAACCCUAAGAAGACCCUGGGAUAUGUCUCGCAGCCGGGCUCGAAAUACAACUAUUCCAACGACGAGGUCCGCCGCGCGCUCCAGCACGAGGAUUUCUGGUUCGCCGUCGUCGCCCAGGCCAAUGCCACCACGGCCAUGAACCACGCCUACGACGUCGGGAACUCCAGCUACGACCCGACCGGCGCGGUCCACGUGUAUUACGAGGAGGGCCGGAAUGCCCUGACCAUCGACGAGAUCGGCUACCCGGUCCUGCUCGAUUUCCUGACCGACUUCGUCAUGUCGUUCACCAAGCAGAAGCAGCAGUCGUUGGCGGCGUCCAACGCGGGCAAUGCUGCGGCGUUGGCGCGGCAGGCGGACAAUCCGAUUCCUGUCGCGUAUACCCUCUUCAACACGGCGCCGGACACGCCCAGUACCGCAGAGGCCGCGACGGAGAUCGGGACAAUCUAUCUGAUCAUCAUCUCCUUCCUCUCGAUCCUCAUGUUCAACAGCCUCAACGAGGCCAUGAUGGGCAAGGUCCCGACGGUGCGCUACUACGUGUACCGCAUGACGCUCUUCCCCGUGGUGUACUUCUUCUUCUCGCUGCUGUACCUGGCGCUCUCGUGCGCCUGGAAGAUCCGCUUCGACAAGUUCUACGGCAGCUCCGGGUACGUCAUCUACUGGAUGCUAUCCUGGAUCGCGAUGCUCGCGUUCGGGCUGGCCGUCGAGAACGUCAACAACGUGCUGGGCCCGCCCUUCACGCCCUUCUUCUUCGUCUUCUGGGUCAUCAGCAACGUCGCCACGGGCUUCUUCCCCAUCGAGCUCCUGAGCAACUUCUACCGCUGGGGCCUGGCCUGGCCGCUGCGCCACGUCCUCAUCGGCGCCAAGGCCAUCCUCUUCGGCACCAAGGACCUGCUCGGUCUGAACUUUGGCGUCCUGAUCGCUUGGGUCGCCGUCUCGCUCGCCCUGCAGCCCUUCACCAUCUGGAUGCAGAUGCGGCGCCGCCGCGCUGCCGUCGAGGCCAACAGACGCCAGGUUCUGGAACGCGUGUAUGGCAAGACGGAGGAGGAGGCAGAAAAGUGUUAA